AUGCUUCGGCUUUUGCCUUCGCCUACACCAGGAACACAGGCGGUAAAUCUUGAGGAAAUGCAGAGCUUGUGUCACGUGGCGAAUACCCUUCCUCUCCUGCAUACGGAGGUGAAGGCGGCGACUGGGGUGCCUCUGUUUCGCCACGAGGCACCGUUGAUUCCCAGGCCCCCACUGGAAAGUGACGGCACGUGGACGCAUUCGUUGGGGUUAAGUGCUUUCUCUUGUUGCAAUCCCUGCCACAGUCUGGAUGCGCUGGUGGGAAAACUGGAGGACGCCGCUUUGUUGGGUUUGCAAGGAGCGACAAGUGAUACUGCUGGGAGUGGUGGAGGUGAUCCACUUCAACCCUAG